AUGGCGCUGCCGCCAAAGAUUUUGAUCGUGGGAGGAGGGGUCUUUGGAUGUGAGUUGAAACUAGCCCAAGAAAUAUAUGCCGAGAAGUUUCCAUUAUGGCUCAAUGGCAUUUGCGACUACCCAACACCUACUGCCGUUGAUACGGCUAUCAACUAUGAGCUACUUUCGAGAAAUCCUCCAACUAACUACUCACCAGUGUCAACCGCUCUUGCACUGACCAAGCGGCAUCCAAACUCCCAAGUCACGCUGCUGGAGGCAUCGCCCACCAUCCCCAACCCCCACGGCUCGUCCGUCGACAGCUCGCGCAUUGUGCGCGCGGACUAUGCCAACGGCGCAUAUGCGAAGCUGGCCGCAGCCGCCAUUCAGCGCUGGCGCACGACCGACUGGGGCCGCGAGGGACGGUACACGCAGAACGGACUGCUGCUAGUGUAUCCGCACGACAGCGCCAGCGCCCAGGAGUAUGCGCGCAAGAGCUACGACAACGUCAAACAGAUCGAGAGCGAACAGGUCGAGUUCCUCCCGACCAAGGCCGACGUGCUCAAGGUGGUCCCGGCAUACGGAACGGACCUCGACGUCGCGGGCGGGUACGUGAACUGGGGGUCCGGCUGGUCAAACGCAGCAGCGAGCGUGCGCUUCGCCAAGGAGCAGCUCGACCGUGAGGGCAAAGUCACCUUCUGCACCGGCGUCGUCGAGCGCGUGCUCUUCACCGGGACACGAGCGACGGGCGUCGCGCUGGCAGACGGCACAAGCAUCACAGCCGACCUAGUCGUGCUGGCCACGGGCGCGUGGACACCGAAGCUGGUCGACCUGCGCGGCAAGGCGGUCGCCACGGGGCAGGCGAUCGCAUACCUGCGCAUCAGCGACGCCGAGCAGCAGCAGCUGGCACACCUGCCGACGAUCCUCAACUUCGCCACGGGCAUCUUCAUCAUCCCGCCGCGCAACAACGUGCUCAAGAUCGCCCGCCAUGCCUACGGCUACCGCAACCCGACCGCUGUCGCUGUCCCCGGCACGGGUGCCGGCUCGUCCGCCGAGACCAUGCAGGUCAGUCUCCCGGAGGCAGGGCUGCCGGUUCCGCUCGAGGGCGAGGAUGCCUUCCGCACGGCGCUGAAGCAGCUGCUGCCGCGGUUUGCGGACCGGCCGUUCGCCGACACGCGCGUGUGUUGGUACACGGAUACUCCCAAAGGCGACUUUAUAGUGUCGUACCACCCCGCCCACCAGGGCCUUUUCCUCGCGACCGGCGGCAGCGGACACGCGUACAAGUUCUUCCCCGUGCUGGGUGACAAGGUCGUCGAUGCGCUCGAGGGCUCGCUGGAGCCCGAACUGCGUGAGCUAUGGACGUGGACAAAGCAGAGCAGGCCGGAGGCAGGGGCCGACACAGAGGAUCUGUUUGAUGGGGACGGAAGUCGAUCUGGGGAGAGGAAGUUGAAUUUGAGGGAGGAGUUGGCAAAGACAAGGAGUUCCCUCUAG